GUUACUAUUCGUUUGGCAAGCCUCUUAACCGGUCGCGCUGAACGACGACUGACAUAAUUUAUUAAUUUAUUUUGUACGUUAAGUCUACAAAACUCAAUUUAAAAUGCGUGAGUGCAUCUCAGUACACGUUGGCCAAGCCGGAGUCCAGAUCGGCAAUGCCUGUUGGGAGUUAUACUGCCUGGAGCACGGCAUCCAGCCUGAUGGCCAGAUGCCCACUGACAAGACCAUUGGCGGUGGAGAUGACUCGUUCAACACCUUCUUCAGUGAGACCGGGGCGGGCAAACAUGUACCCCGUGCUGUGUUCGUUGACUUGGAACCCACAGUAGUUGAUGAGGUGCGCACUGGCACAUAUAGACAGUUGUUUCAUCCAGAACAACUUAUCACUGGUAAGGAAGACGCGGCAAACAACUAUGCCCGUGGUCACUACACAAUUGGCAAGGAAAUCGUAGACUUAGUCCUCGACCGUAUCCGUAAGCUUGCAGACCAGUGCACAGGCCUCCAGGGCUUCCUCAUCUUCCACUCGUUCGGUGGUGGUACUGGAUCCGGUUUUACUUCCCUCCUCAUGGAGCGUCUCUCCGUGGACUACGGCAAGAAGUCCAAGCUGGAGUUCGCUAUCUACCCCGCUCCCCAAGUGUCCACCGCAGUCGUCGAACCCUACAACUCUAUUCUGACCACCCACACUACCUUAGAACAUUCAGAUUGCGCGUUCAUGGUCGACAACGAAGCUAUUUAUGACAUCUGCCGCCGCAACUUGGAUAUCGAGCGCCCGACUUAUACCAACCUGAACAGGCUCAUCGGUCAGAUCGUCUCUUCCAUCACCGCCUCCCUGCGUUUCGACGGCGCCCUAAACGUCGAUCUAACAGAGUUCCAAACUAACUUGGUGCCGUAUCCGCGUAUCCACUUCCCUCUCGUCACAUACGCUCCAGUAAUCUCUGCAGAGAAGGCGUACCACGAACAGUUGUCAGUCGCCGAGAUCACCAACGCUUGCUUCGAGCCCGCCAACCAGAUGGUGAAAUGCGACCCUCGCCACGGAAAGUACAUGGCUUGUUGCAUGUUGUACCGCGGUGACGUCGUGCCCAAGGAUGUGAACGCCGCCAUCGCCACGAUCAAGACCAAGCGUACUAUCCAAUUCGUGGACUGGUGCCCUACUGGUUUCAAGGUGGGCAUCAACUACCAGCCCCCGACCGUGGUGCCAGGUGGUGAUCUCGCUAAGGUUCAGCGCGCCGUAUGCAUGUUGUCCAACACCACCGCUAUCGCUGAAGCGUGGGCUCGUCUGGACCACAAGUUCGAUCUGAUGUACGCCAAGCGUGCCUUCGUACACUGGUACGUCGGUGAGGGUAUGGAGGAGGGAGAGUUCUCCGAGGCCCGCGAGGACUUGGCCGCCCUCGAGAAGGACUACGAGGAGGUCGGUAUGGACUCCGCCGAGGGUGAAGGCGAAGGCGCCGAAGAGUACUAAGCCGAUGAUUUAUUUAUUUUUAUAUUCCGGCACACUCGCACCAAUACAUUCCCCGGUGAAAUAAAAUAAAAACAAGUUAUGUCAA